GUCGUGGUGCUCUGGACCCUCGUGAACCAUCAGAAACCCUCGAUCUAACUCGUACCGAUCAGUCAUCAGUGAUCACUCUCUUCCCUCCCGGAGAUAGAACUUCCGGAAGUUCCUCGUGACCGCGUUUCCGAGUAAACAAUAGAAUCCAGAGUCGAGAAUAAAUCCUCCAGGGGAAGGGUAGAUAAAAUAGGACCCACGUGCACACUAGAAUUCCAAUAUCGGGACUCUCGAUACGUGCCAAGGAUACCGAGAGGAUUUUCAGAUACUCAUUCUCAUCCUGACUCUCGUUUUCUCUCUCCCUCUCUAUCUCAGUGAGUGUUUUCAGCAGAAGGUGUGAGUGGUGCAUCGUCCCGGGGUGUUGAUCCAAGUUUGGAGUGAAGUGACGACGAAAAGUGGGAUUCCAGAAGAGAGAUAGAGAACUCAGAAGAACCUGAAAAGAAAGGAGUAGCCAAAUUUGGAAAGAUCAAAAGGACCAGGAGAGAUGGAGACGUAAAUAGUUGUGCUUUGAAGAUAGCGGCACGCGUGAGACAUCCAGGGAGCAACAAUCGGGAAAACAACAAACGAAGGAAAAGAUUCAAUGAUCCGAUGGCUACCGGACUUGUGAGGUGGUGCCGGACAAAGUGGUUCACAAACUACAAGUCCUUUUCUGUCGUUGGAGGCAGUGCGGACGGAAGCGAUUCUGAAUUACUUUUGCGAAAUGACGCAACGCCUUGCAAUAGUUCGCCUCCACCGCCACCCCAUCUCGUGCAACCGGAGUCUCCACCACCUGCAGUUAACACCCCCGUUUCCCCAACGCCACCGGCUACCAAUGAAGAGCAAUCGAAUUCAAAUCCCACUCGGCAACUCAGCUUCGAGGAGUUCGAAUGCGACGUUUCGGUGGCUGAAGGCGACGGUCGUCGCCAGGAGUUUUCAUUCACCCUCUACGGCGUCGACGGCCACGGGAGGAUAUCAAAGGACGACAUUGCAGGCCUCGUAAAGGCGAUCUACGAUACCCUCGGUUCCAAGAUUCAGGCGCCAGCCUGCGGUCAAAUCAAAGUCAAACUCACAGUUUCCCCAGAUCAGCGAUCAGGUCCACCUCAAGGAACCCCGAAAACCACUUCGAGUCAAAAUCGAAAUUCACCCUGCUGUCACGUGACACACGUGGAUCCUUGCAGCCACGCGACUCAGCCAUCCUCUCGCAGAGUCCACAGGAGACGAAGAGUACCUCGACAUCGAUUCCAGACUGAAAAAACAACCGUCGAGAACAACAGUCGAGAGGAUGCCGAGAACGUUCCCACAAAUCCGUCAAAGGAGGAAGAGCUUCGACGAAGAGUGGGACCAGUUCCCCACAUAUUUUCACCCUAUUCAAACAGUUCCGAGGGCGACAUUAGCGAAGGAAGCGACCUCUCGCCCACCCUUACACCCUUAACACCCCUAGUAUCGAAUUAUAGAAAAAGGAGCGGCGAAUUGCAGCGACAACAGCUGCUCGAGAUCAUUCAAGCGAAUAUGGAGAAGAAUAAUCUUGGUGUCAAUAGUUCGAGAAAGCGUCACCAGAGUGAGCUACCUAUUCGAAGUCCCUACGCCGAGCCGCCGAGUCCCUACACCCAGAGAUUCCCGACGACGCGACACUCAACGACAACAACCGCCUAUCACAAGCCAAAUCGGGAACCUCUCCAUCCAACCUUCACCACCUUCACCUCGAAAGUGGCCAGCAGCAAGGCGAGAACGAACGCCAGGAAGUCCAGGAGUAGUCAACAGCAGUCGCAGUCGCAGCAGCCGAGCGCCCCGCGGAAUACCCCAGUCAGUUCGCCCAAAAGCAACGUCUCGCAGGUCCAAACUGCCCAGCAGAAGCUGCUGCAGCAGCAGCAGCAGCAGGUUUUCCAGGAAAACACAACCAGAAAUGUUGCCCAGGUCGCGCAGCAAAUUGUAAACAAGAAUAAUGUCUUUACGCAGGCGAACAAUCUGCGGAAUGACAUUCAGCACAUCCAGUCGCCAAUUUCGGGCAAGGCGAGUAAAAAGCAUCAGCUGAAACAUGCGACGAGGGAGCAGGAUCAAGCGAGAGCGAUGGCCCAGGUUGUGCGCUGGCUGGAACAGGAAUUUUCCCAAACUGCUGCGGCCGCCACCACGGGCAGGAAACAUGUUCAUGAACACAUUCAUCAUCAUUAUCAUCAUUACCAUGCCGAGGCUUUGGUGUAAAUACUAAAUCAAAAUUUGCCAGUGAGAUCAUUUUAAAUUGAGAUUUCAGAGAAAACAAAAAACAAAGAAAGAAAAAAAAAGUGUUCAGCAUAUGGAGCGGUUUGAGAAAGUAGACUUUUUCGGCCUAGAGCGAUAAAAAGCGCCUCGCAGAGUGAGAGAUAUUUUUCAAAAUGUUUCUCUAUUUUGAUUAGUCUUCAAUCUUGAAG